AUGCACAGCUAAGAGUUUGUUUAUCGAACGCGAUCUUUUCAAAGGAUACUCAAUUUUCCUGGGCAAUAGAUCGAAAUGAUUUUAGUUGUGAGCGUGUUGCUGUUUCAGCUUGUUCUGGUGGCAGUUGGUGACGCUGGUAACAAACUUGGUUACGAUAGCUUGGGCUGUUGGAGUCUUCCAGAAAAUGAUACGUCAAAAGUGAUAAGUCUAGAGGGUCAUCAUAGCGGAUUAGAAGGACUAUACUGGGACAGAGUUGAUUCCGUCACAAAGUGUGCCGAAGUUGCGCAAGACAAAGAAUACAGUUACUUUGCAAUACGUAAUGGCGGCGAGUGCCUAGCGGGUCCUAAGCUUCAAGAGAGUUUCAAAGAGCAUGGAGAGUCGUUUGAAUGUUUUGAAGGAGAAGGGGGCCACGAAGCUAUCAACGUCUACAAAAUAAGAGGGAAAAUUGCUUCAGCGGAGGACUUCGAGGGUGACAUCCUUCUAACCAAAUUGCAGAGAGCCAUGACAAGUCCUUUCCACCAAGACGUCGCCGCUGCAGACGUGUGGGAGAAAGCGAGUUUUCUCUGGCCAGAAAGAACUGUACCCUAUUACAUUCCAUCUGACCUCGUUGGACAUGCUUUGGCCGAUAGAUUUCACCAUGGUAUACGUCACUGGCUCGAACAGACCUGCAUCAAGUUCGUACCAAAGAAAGCGGGCCACAGGGACUGGGUGGAGUUGUACAGGGAGAAGGAUCCUCGAAGCCGCAGAUGCGCUUCUUCAAUUGGUCGAAUUGGUAGUUAUCAACCAAUCAAGUUGGGAGAUCAUUGUCCACCUGGCAGUGUCGUUCAUGAAGUGGGACACACCCUUGGCUUAUGGCAUACUCAGUCUCGACCCGACAGAGACAGAUACGUACAGAUACUUUGGGAUAAUAUUCUACCAGGUAGAUCAGACCAAUUCAAGAAGUAUUACCACGGCACCCAGGACGUACUGAAGGUCAAAUAUGACUACAUGAGCAUUAUGCACUACGGGAAAGACUACUUUGCCAAGCUAAACUAUAACCGAAGUCAUUACCUGACUACAAUAAAGACCAGGGAUCCAAAGUAUCAGGACAAGAUUGGCCAAAGAAAAUAUCUAACAGCCAAUGAUCUCUUGAUGAUUAACACCAUGUAUGGAUGUCCAGAUUAUCCAUACAUGUGGCACACGGGAAAAUGGGAGGACUGCAUUACUCCUUGUGGCUCUGGCAAGCAGAUGAGAGACGUAUACUGCGCCAAAAGUGAUGGGAAACAUACAUCCUCAGAAUAUUGCAUGGAAACAAAGUUACCAGAAAAAUAUCGCAGAUGUUACGGGAAACAGUGCGAUUCCUGUCCAAAGGGCUGGAUUUCUCAUCAUAAUGCCUGUUAUCAAGUAAACGUGAACAGAACAAGUCUGCAGGAGGCAACUGAUAAAUGUUUAGAUAAUGGGGCUGGACUUCUAACAUUGAGAAGGACAGAGGAAGAAACCUUUUUAAGAGCAGAAUUGGAGAAGAAGCAGCUCAACAACAUAUUUUACUGGCUGAGCGCAAAAUACAGCCCAAGUAGAGGUAAUUUCAUUUGGCCUGAUGAUACAGAUGUCGUUUACUCCGCUUGGAAUCCAGGGGAGCCUCGCUUUGGAUUGGACUGUACCCUAAUGCUGAACCGAAAAGGCUGGGGCACUGAUCGAUGUGAUAUGGACCGUAGCUAUAUUUGUAAGAGAGGCGCAAAAUACAGCCCAAGUAGAGGUAAUUUCAUUUGGCCUGAUGAUACAGAUGUCGUUUACUCCGCUUGGAAUCCAGGGGAGCCUCGCUUUGGAUUGGACUGUACCCUAAUGCUGAACCGAAAAGGCUGGGGCACUGAUCGAUGUGAUAUGGACCGUAGCUAUAUUUGUAAGAGAGAAGUGAAAAAUUACAAAAGGAGCGUAGUGGAGGUAAAGAAAGAGAAGAAGGAGAACUAUCAGUGGCAAGCAGAGGAGUGGGGUGAUUGUUCUGUAUCUUGUGGGGGAGGGAAACGAAAUAGAAAGACCCUCUGCGUUGAAGUGGACAAACAGAAUCAAGUGGACGAAUCUUUUUGCGAGGACAAUUCACCGCCAUUAGCGUGGCAAGACUGCAACGUGAACCCAUGCCCUUCUCAAUACAAAUGGCACGUGGGGGAUUGGGGAGAUUGUAGUAAAAGCUGUGGAGGUGGAAUACAGCGGCGAAGAAAGAUUUGUACCGGGAAGGAUAUGAUUUCUACCUCCUGGAAACUCUGUAGAGAAGAACCUCCAAUCACCAGAAAGAGGUGCAAUACUAAUUCCUGUCCAAGAAGAAACACUUAUAGUUCAGUGGCACCCGUUUGGAGGGUGAGCUCGUGGAGCAGAUGUUCCAAGACUUGUGGACAUGGUCAUCAGAUAAGAAGAGUAUUUUGUUCCAACAGCGACAAUAAACUACUGAAUGGGACAGCUUGCAAUGGGCAAACAAAGCCUCUUUCCUUACGACGAUGUUUUGUCACGAAUUGCAAUCGAAAGAAAGCUCCCGUGUGUUCUGAUGGUCACGUGAUGUGCAAUAUUUGGGCAAAGCAGGGAAGCUGCAAGACAAGCAAGUGGGUUCGAAGAAAGUGCCGCCGCAAAUGCAAUACGUGCUAAUGACUCGGAUCUCAUGAGCU